UUUGUAGGAGCCUGGCACAAGGACUGACACUGACCAGACCAGUUACAGACCCGACUGGACAGAGUGUUUUUAGAAAGUGGAAGUAAAAUCUAAGCCUGCUUCUGGACAUGCUGCCAAAGUGGAGUUUUCACUGAGAGUUUGACUUAUGCAGAAACCAUGGUUCGACUGACGGUGGAUUUAAUUGCCAAAAAAAGCAAUCUUAAACCCAGAAAAGAAGAAACCCUUGCACAAUGCCUGAAGAAAAUAACACACAUAAAUUUUUCAGACAGAAAUAUAGAUUCGAUUGAUGACCUUUCUCUUUGCAGAAACCUAAGUGUUCUAUAUUUAUAUGAUAAUCGCAUUAGUCAAGUCUCCAACCUGAACUACGCCACAAACCUCACCCACUUGUACCUACAGAACAAUUGCAUUUCCUGCAUUGAAAACCUCAGUUCACUAAAGAAAUUGGAAAAACUGUAUCUGGGAGGCAAUUACAUUGCGGUCGUAGAAGGCUUGGAAGGAUUAGAGGAGCUGAGAGAACUUCAUGUGGAAAGUCAGAGGCUCCCCCUGGGAGAAAAGCUUCUGUUUGACCCAAGGACUCUUCGUUCUCUGGCAAAAUCCCUCUCUACUUUGAAUAUCAGCAACAAUAAUAUUGAUGACAUAAAAGAUUUAGAGAUGCUGGAGAAUCUUAAUCACCUGAUUGCAGUUGACAACCAGCUGAUGCACGUGAAGGACUUGGAGCUUUUACUGAAAAAAUUGAUGAAGCUGUGGAAAAUGGACCUAAAUGGAAAUCCUGUUUGUCUUAAACCAAAAUACAGGGACAAACUGAUACUGAUGUCCAAGUCACUGGUUUCAAAGCAGGAUGCUUUUAAUUCUUUGUAUGCUACAGGUAACUUUGAAACAAUACAUCACAUAGUUCCUGUUUAUUACCCACAGGUGGGUAAGCCAAAAGUAGUCUUUUUCUCUGAUGUACAGAGGUAUCUUGUACAUGGAAAUGCAUCUUCAAAAUGUUCCCAAGAAGAUAAAACUACAAUUACUGAAGACAUAGGGAAUCUGUCCUUGAAGGAAUCGGAAAGCUUGCUAACAAAAAACGAUAUACAUGAACCUCACCUUCUCCAAAACCCAAAAGUAAAGGAAAAUUUGUCUGAGAAAAAGGAGUAAAUUCAACCUCGAGUGAUUUGAUUUCUUCAUAGAACUAGGCAACAGCAUGUUUUGAGGGUUUGUAGACUUCGUAUAUCUCGGUGUGUAAGUUGUUUGAUUUGUUUCUUUAUAGAAUCUGAGACUUUGCUUUACGUGUGUGAAUUCUGGGAUCUAUUUACUUUAUUAGCUGUUAAAUAAAGUUUACCAGGAAAUAAAAUGUGGUUUCUUAUUCAA